ACCAGUUUAUAACAUGCGCGGCUAUACGGUUGUAUUCAAAACCUCUUAAUUACGGGUUUUGCGCAGAGGUAUCAGAACCGCGCCGAUUCCCCCGCCAACAGCGUACUACGGGGCGUGACCGGAGCCUCGAUAUGACUGGAUAGCCGCUUAAUAUAUUCGUAAAAGUAGCUGCUGAUUGGCUGUAGUGGGUCGCUCGCUAUAGAGCGCCAGAAACGAAAGUUUAGCGGGUGAAACUUCCCACUUCUCUCAUGCGAAUGAAUUAAACUUCAGCGUUAGCGGACUGAACAAGACCUGGUUCGUGCUAGUUAUAGUUAAACCGAUGACGGAGCGAAACGCCCUGGAAGUAACAAGUCGAAGAAUCUGUGAAAUACUUUAAAUAAAGUACCCUGCGACGGGCGAUCGAGGCGUAUUUAUUCUCCGAAAAUUAAAGUAUUUGCGCCAAAAUCAGCUAACCACAGGCAGUCCGCCGAAAGUCUGAUAAAGUUAUGGAGCCGGAAUGUUUCGCUUUACGCCAUUUGAUGAGUCCGAGAAGUAAUAAGACAGAUCUCGCAGAAGAUGGCAAAAAUGGUCAGAAGGAAAACUACGUGGAGAGCAAGGGGGUCUCUUCCCACAAAUGUGAUCACACUUCCUCCAUGCUCUGUGGGAAGAAGAGUCUGGGCCCAGACCAGCUGCAGAUUACCCCUAGCAAGCCUGAGGAGGGCAUCAUUUCGGACCCCCUGACACCCACCGCCAACCUCAAGCUGCUCAUCAACGCUGCCAGCCCAGAUAUCCGGGUCCGGGAAAUGAAGAAGAUACUUUUCUGUCCUAUUGAGAAUGAGAAUGUUGGUGCGGUGUUGGACAGUCACAGUCAGCUCGAUGUGAGGGAUGAUGCCCCAUCGGGGGAGUUUGACCAGAAGCCCAGCAGGAAGCAAAAAAGCCUGAGUCUCCUGUGCCAGAAGUUUCUGGCACUGUAUCCCAUCAACCCGGGACCUUCUGAGACCAUCAGCAUCUCUCUGGAUGAGGUGUCCACUAAUCUGGGGGUGGAACGGCGGCGGAUCUAUGACAUCGUGAACGUGCUGGAGUCACUGAAGCUGGUCAGCCGCGUGGCCAAGAACCAGUACGUGUGGCACGGACGACGGCAGCUGGAGCGCACGCUGGGGGAACUGCACGCGCUCGGCCAGCGGCAGCGUUACCACCUGCAGGUGGAUCGCCAGCCGGGGCCGGCCGCACGAACCGAGGAGCCUCCAGAGAGCUGCGAGGAGGGAGGAGAUGAAGACGUCGGCUUGGGUCCGGCCGGCACGAGGAAGGACAAGUCGCUGCGCAUCAUGAGCCAGAAGUUUGUCAUGCUCUUCCUGGUGUCCAAGACGCGGGUCAUCACCUUGGAUCUGGCAGCCAAGAUCCUCAUCGAGGAGUGUCAGGAUGUAGCCAGCCACAGCAAGUACAAGACCAAGGUUCGACGGCUGUACGACAUCGCCAACGUGCUGACCAGCCUCAACCUCAUCGCUAAGGUCCACGUGAGAGAGGAACGGGGACGCAAGCCAGCUUUCAAAUGGAUUGGUCCUACCGCUGUCCUGUCUAACGGAGAUUUGGAUUCUAUAGCUGGACUCUCUCUCCCAGAAUUCCAUGGGGCCUCUGGGCAGACGUCACAGGGGACGUGGCCGAAGCCAAUGUGCCAUGUCCCCUUUGGCAUGGUGCCUAUCCCAGCUCAGUGGAGAGUCAGCUCGGCGCCCAGCAGCCCAGGCAAGGAAGAUAUAGGUUUGAUGCAGGAGAUGGCAGGUGGGACCAAGACGGCAGGGGAUGAUGCGGCGGUGUGCCGGGUGCAGGCCGCAGACGAGAAGAGGCAGCAGCCCGGCAUCGGCCCAAAGGGUGGGGCCCACGUUUCCGAGGCUGGGCCAGCUCACCCAGAAUCACCCAGCGGAUCCAUCCCCCUUGCGCGCUUCUACUCCAGCACCGGCCAGCCCAAUGCCUCUCUCUCGUCCUUGUCACCGACCCCGCAGAUGGAGCCAGGUGAUGCGCGCCCUCAGGCGGCCCUGUCUCAUCUCCGAGGCCUGCCCCAGGCACCCUUGGUAAUGCUGUGCAGGGGCCCCACCCCUACUGAGAUAGGGGCCCGGGGCCCCGGGUCACCGGCCAGAGAUGGCAUCCUGGGGAAGCGCAGGAUGGAUGACGCCGAGAGACGGAUGCCCAAAAGGGACAGAAAGAACGAGGCUGAGGCUCCCAAAGAGGAUGACCGGGACCAGGUAGCACGGGAGAACCCCUCAGAGGGUUACGGUCUGAAGCCCCCGGCCGUGUGCCCAGUCCUCCAGUCCCAGGGAGACACGUGGUCCCCAUCCAGGACUCUGCCCUCGCACUACCUCUAUGUGCCCAACUCUGCAGGUCUUAACAGCCUGAACUUGCUGCUCUCUUCCGGGCACGUGUCCAGCCCGCUGGCGCUCACGCCGAACGCAGUUUCGGCCAUGGCCGUGCCGUGUGUUCUGCUGCCCUCCCCCGGCCUCCCCCUCAUUGCUGGCGGCAGGUUCGGCGUGCCAGCUGUGGUGUCCCCAGCCCACAUGGUGCUUGGCGGGCGCACGGUCACCCCCCCGGAGUCUGGCAGGUCCCCGACGGUGCCCUCCAGUCCAGUGCAGCCGCCGCCUGGCAGCAGGGCCCAGCCUCGUACUCCAAAGGAGGUAGGUCCGGCCGGCUCGCGAGCCUUCUUCCAAACACCAGGAACUCUGGCCUGCAAGGAAUCCAGAAGCUCACCCCGGCGGGUAUCUGCCCAGAGGAGGCUGGACAUUGGACAACCGAGCAAUUAG